AUGUGUGGGCGUGUAAGAAGAAGAUCCAAAUCUGCAGGAAGAGAGUCUUCCCAGGUGGUUGGGCUUCUGGUUGCUCAGCAGCCCAGUGAUAAACCACCUCAACUAGAGGAACCACCGUCUGAGAAUCAGGAUACUAUACUUGCUCAGGACAUUGAAGGGCCUGCUAUGGAAGCUGAUGAACAGGAACUGGCUCUGCUGAAGACUGUGGAUGAGCCUGGGGAUGGUCCUGAUGUCAAGGAGGAGAUUCUACCAAGUCUAGAGCUCAUUAAAAUGCCAGAAGCAGGUGAAGGACAACCACGGAUUUAA